UUUUGAGAGUCAGUGGGUGUUUUAGGAGAUUGUUGGGUGUUUUUGACAUCAGUGAUUUAUUUUUCAGGGUUUGUGGGAAUUUUAGGGCGUCACUGGGGUGUUUUGGAGGAUCAAUGGCGUGUUUUCAGUGUGGUGUUUUUGGUGUUCAUCUGUAUAAUGUGUUUUUGUGGUGUUUUAGGGUGUCAUUAGGAUGCCUUAGGAUUUCUGAGUAGCCUAAUAUUGGGUUGUUUUCGAGGGUCAGAUUGAUGUCUGUUGGUGCAUUUGAGUGCAUUUAGUGUUGCUGAGUAUUUGGAUGGUCAGUUCUGUAUUGUUUUUAAAGAUGUGGGUGUGAUUCGGGGUCCUGUGGAAGGCAAGGUGUAUUCAAAGUUUGAUCUAUUCAAAGCGUGAGGUGUAUUUGAAGGUCAAUUAGGAGGAUUUUUUUGGUGUUUUUAUGGUAAGUGGGGUAUUUUCUAAAGGUCCGUGGGUGUUUUUGAGGGUCAGUGUAUUUUUGAGGGUCAUUAGAAUGUUUUUGAAGUCUUGAUGGGUAUUUUAAGGGUCAUUGUGGUCAUUUUGAAGUUUGCAUGGUUUGUUGUAACUUGUGUUUUUUUAGGGUCACUAUAUUUUUAGGGUGUCAUUGGGGAGUUUUGCAGGGUCAGGUUGCAGUUGGGUAUUUUAGAAGGUCAUUGUGGGUAUUUAGGGUGCCAUUUAAAGUGUCAGUUGUGUUCUCAGUGGCAUAAUGUGAGAUUGGGGUGUUUUUGAGGGUCAGGUUGAUGAGGAUGUAUUUGAUUGCAUGUAGGAUGUUUUUGAGACUCUGGGUAUUUAAGGGUUCAUUGUGGUGUUUCUGAGGUUCAGUGGUUGUUUUUGGUGGUCAAUAAGUAUUUUUAGGGCAUCAGUGGGGUGUUUUGGGGGGGGCACUGUGAGUUUUAGUGGAUCGUUGGGAAGGUUUUGAGGUUCUUUAUGUAUUUAGGGAGUAAUCUUGAUAUUUUAGAUUUUCUGGGGUGUGUUUGAGGGUCAGUGGGUGUCUUGGGUGAUCAUUGGGGUGUUUUGAGGGUCAUAGAGUAUUUAGGAAGUAAUGUGGGUGUUUUGGAGAUGUAGCUGGCAUUUUUGAAGAUCCAUGGGUGUUGUAAGGGACCAUUGGGGUGUUUUUGAGGGUCACUGUGUGUUUUAGGGGAUCAUUGGGGUGUUUUUAGGGUCAUUAUGUAUUUAGGGAGUAAUCUAGGUGUUUUGGGGUUUCUGUGGGUGUAUUUGAGGGUCACUUGGUGUUUUGGGGAUCAUUGAGGUGUUUUUGAGGGUCAUGUAUUUAGGGAGUAAUCUGGAUGUUUGAAUUUCAGUGGGUGUAUUUGAGGGUCAUUUGGUGUUUUAAUGGAUCAUUGGUGUGAUUUUGAGGGUCAUCAAGUAUUUAGAGAGUAACGUGAGUUUGGGGAGUUUUAGUGGGUGUUUUAGGAAAUCAUUGGGGUGUGGGAGUAAUCUAGAUGUUUGAGUUUUGUGGAUGUUUUUGAGGGACACAGUGUUUUAAGGGACCAUUGGUGUGAUUUUGAGGGUCACUAAGUAUUUAGAGAGUAACAUGAGUUUUGGGAGUUUUAGUGGAUGUUUUAGGGGAUCAUUGGGGUGUUUUUAGGGUCAUUAUGUCACUUGCUGUUCUAGGGAAUCAUUUGGGUGUGGGAGUAAUCUAGAUGUUUGACUUUCGGUGGGUGUUUCUGAUGGUCACUUGUUUUAAGGGACCAUUGGUGUGAUUUUAAGGGUCACUAAGUAUUUAGAGAGUAACAUAAGUUUUUGGGAGUUUUAGUGGGUGUUUUAGGGGAUCAUUGGUGUGAUUUUAAGGGUCACUAAGUAUUUAGAGAGUAACAUAAGUUUUUGGGAGUUUUAGUGGGUGUUUUAGGGGAUCAUUGGGGUGUUUUAGGGUCAUUAUGUAUUUAGGGAGUAAUCUAGGUGUUUUGGAGUUUCUGUGGGUGUAUUCGAGGGUCACUUGGUGUUUUGGGAUCAUUGAGGUGUUUUUGAGGGUCAUGUAUUUAGGGAGUAAUCUGGAUGUUUGAGUUUCAGUGGGUGUCUUUGAGGGUCAUUUGGUGUUUUAAUGGAUCAUUGGUGUGAUUUUGAGGGUCAUCAAGUAUUUAGAGAGUAACGUGAGUUUGGGGAGUUUUAAUGGGUGUUUUAGGAAAUCAUUGGGAUGUGGGAGUAAUCUAGAUGUUUGAGUUUCGUGUAUGUUUUUGAGGGUCACUUGGUGUUUUGGGAUCAUUGAGGUGUUUUUGAGGGUCAUGUAUUUAGGGAGUAAUCUGGAUGUUUGAGUUUCGGUGGGUGUUUUUGAGGUUCAUUUGGUGUUUUAGGGGAUCAUUGGUGUGAUUUUGAGGGUCAUCAAGUAAUUAGAGAGUAAUGUGAGUUUUUUUGGGAGUUUUAGGAAAUCAUUGGGGCGUUUUGAGGGUUGUUGUGUACUAAGGGAAUAAUCUAGAUGUUUUGGAGUUUGUAGGUGUAUUUGAGGUUCACUGGGUGUCUUAGGGGAUCAUUGGGGCGUUUUGAGGGUUGUUGUGUUUUAAGGGAAUAAUCUAUGUGUUUUGGAGUUUCUGUGGGUGUAUUCGAGGGUCACUUGGUGUUUUGGGAUCAUUGGUGUGAUUUUGAGGGUCAUCAAGUAUUUAGAGAGUAACGUGACUUGGGAGUUUUAGUGGGUGUUUUAGGAAAUCAUUGGGGUGUUUUGAGGGUUGUGUAUUAAGGGAAUAAUCUAGGUGUUUUGGAGUUUCUGUGGGUGUUUUAGAAGAUCACUGGAUGUUUUAGGGCAUCAUCAGGGUGUUUUUGAGGAUGAGUGGGGUGCUUUUGAUCUUCACUGUGGUGUUCUUGAGGUUCAGAGAUGUAUUUGAGGCUCAUUGUGUGAUUUUAAGAGUCGUGAUGAAUCGCAGGGCGUGAGGGUCAGCGAGAGGUUUCCAAAGGUACGUGCUCUUCCUCUGACUUGUGCUCUUCUGUAAGGUUGUUUCCUGUAUGUUACGUAUACAUUUCCUCCUCAGCUGAAGGUCAUGACCCUGCGCUCUGUUUGAUUUGUGUCUUAUCUGUAAGAUCAUUAAUUAAAUGCAUGAGGAUCAGAACAAUCAUGUGGGUCACAGGAUAACACACGCCCAUUAUGAUUAUCAUUAUUUGUGAUUGUUUGUGUAUAACCUUUGUUUUAAGGGUGUGUGUGUAUGUGAAUGUGCUCUGCAGAUGUUGUAUGAACAAUGCGACCCCAGGGCAGCAUAACUCGCCCUCUCUCCAUUGUGUGUGUGUUCUGCUAGGUUCCUCGUCCCAGCAAGCGGUCCGAUUCCAGUCCGGAUUCUGUCGUUUCUCUGUCUGUUCGUCUCCCGCUGACUCGGAGUGCGAAACAAAAGGGUUUAAGGGUUUGGUCAGGAUUUGGUCACACGAGAUGCUGAAAUCUGCCUAAUACAGAUUAGACGGAUCAGCACUCGAAUCAUGCGGCCUCAGACGCUUGUGAGGAAUGCUGAAUGUGCUGUUACAAAACCAAACAGUCUGUUUAUGAAACACAUUCAGACACGUAAUGAAUCUCAGAAGUCCCCUGAAUUACCCUGAGGAGAUUUCUUUGAGGUUGUUUUGGGUGUUUUUUUUAAAUUAAUAUCAAUUGUUAGUUUGUUUGUUUGUUUGUUUGUUUGUUUGUUUGAGUUUUGUAAGUAAUUCAGUCCUUGUCUUCUGACUCUGAGAUCUCAAACACCAGUCACUGCACACAAUGAGUUCUGUAAAGCCCUCUUGUGGUCAGAUAUGGAAAUACAUCCUGCAUUUUACUUUUUUAUAGAUUCAAAACCAGGGUAUUAAUAAGAAUAAUAAAAUAUAUACAAUUAAAUAUAAUUAAAAACUGUUCAAUUAUUUGUUUUAAAAAUGAUUAAUUAUAUUUUCUUUUGCGAUGAUUUGAUGAUGGUCUCUGUAUGACUCAGUUCUGAUGACCUUUGACCCUUUUAUGUUUAACUCUUGACGUCCGUCCCGGUUCCUCCUGCAGCUCUUUCAUGUUGUGGGUUUGUUGAGCGUGUUUUGUUGCUGCUCUGGGAUCAGUUGUGUUGUGCGUGUGUUGAGGCACUUCAGAUCACGACGGCUGAUUCCAGAUCAGUGUCAGUCCUGACGAGCGCUAAGAAGAUUAUGAUUGACUCUUUACCUCUGAACGGACACGAUACAAACACACAGACUAAACUCUAAAUUACACUGUGUUUUAUUAGUUUCUGUCAGGGUGAUUUAUCAGCAGAUGAAUGAAUCAGGCCUGUGUGAUUAUACUGGAAUACUGGGAGACAGUGACGACAGCGAUGACGAAGCAAACUCAAAGAAGCUGCUGGCGGCUUCCUGGGAGAAGUUAUCCAUCAUGGACAGACUGGGAUUAAAGAGCAGUGUGGAGAUGACGGAGGACGAGGUCGAGAGCGCGUUUACCCAGUUUGCACUGGGGUUUCACUGCGACCAGUACACGCUGACCCAGCGGCUGCAGGCGGAGCGACACGACCGCGUGGUCGCAGAGGAGAAUCUGCAGAGAGAACUGCGACAGACCAGAGAGAUGCUGCAGGUGUUGUAUGAGCGCCUACCAGAUGUGGAUAGCAGAGAGAUGGUGCAACAGAUGACGAACAACCUGCAGAAGCUGGAGAGCAACGUGGACGAUGUUGUCAAAACAGCAGAGAUGCUUGGAGCUGCACACCAGGAGGCGCGUGUCAGUCAUGCCGUGGAGAUGAUGUCAGUACACGUGGAGCAUCUCAAGAGACGUCACUCUACAGAGAGUGAGGAGAUGCUGGAGGUCAGGAAGCUGCUGCACAGGAGGAGGGGCCGAUUACACAGUGACUCCACAGAUGACCGAGACCUGUUCAGACAUUCAUCACAACAGCCAACACGCCGCAGGGUCAGCAUCACGUUUCUCCCGACUCAAUCUGAGUUGAAGCAUCUAGAGGCUUCGUUUCUGGAGAACUGCAGAACCAAUGCGAACACAAAGAAAAAGCUUGACGGGAGACAGGAAGUAGCUCCGGCAGAUUCUCCUCUGAACAGUCUGAACCAAGAAGAUGAAGUCGACAGCAGUGUGUUUCAAAGUGCGACGCAAGUCACGCCGAUGUGCCGUCGCCGUCGCUGUUCUCCAAUCAAACCCAAAGAAAGUUCAUUUGAGGGGGAGGAGUCAGAAAGAGGGGAGGAGUCCAACACUGAGCUGUAUCUCGUGCCACGUCGGCGCCCCCUGUUGGCUGGGAGGACUCCGUGUGGAUGGAUCAUCAGAAUGAUAUCACUCGUGUUUGGUCUGAUGAUGCUGAUAGCGACUCUUUUAUAUGUAGUCGUGGCGGUACAGAGUUACACUCGCUCAUUCACUCAUUACUGAGCACAGCAGAUGAACAUAACUGGAUUAUGGUGUUAAAUUCACUUUAAUCCUUGUGAAUGUGCUGCACGCCUGUCCUGAACACAAUACAAACAUUAAAUAUUCCUAUUUAAUUCAACUGAAUGUCUUUAUUUCUUCUGAAACAGGUGCAAAUCCAUGGCAACAGAUUAAUAACACUAAUUAACAGUAUUUAAAUUCAGAGAGACAUUGAGAAGCUUCAUACAAGUGUUGCUCAUUUCACGCUGCUUUUAUUUGGAAUGCUAAUAAUGGUAAUUAAUGCAUGAGAAACGUUAAUAUUCAUUUAUGCAGGUUAAUGCAGUUUAACAGAAACUGAUCUGGAUGAGAUUAAACUUUCUUCUUCAUUCUGCUGAAGUUAUAUAAACACAUACAGACGUUAGCUAAUGUUCCUUCACGGGCUCCUGUAUCCUGUGCUAUGAAUUUCAGGGCAUCUUAAACCUGCCAACAUCCUGUUGCGCAGCCAAUCACGUCUCAGAAUGAGAAACAAGAUUAGGAAGUGCUCUUAAUUUUAUGGUCAGGUCAUUUUAACCAGAUUAAAUCAGGUCAUGGGAUCUGAAAAUGUCCUUAAACGAACAUCUACUGUUGAUGCAGAUCAUCGUCUUUAGGAUAAAAUAUUUAUCACUGAACUUUUUUUGUUGAUUUAAUGGUUUUAUAGAGGAUUAUUUGGAAAAGUGACUUCAUAAUCAGCAUAUUUGACUUUGAAAAACAAUGUGCAUGAGAGAAAAUAAUGCAAAUAAACCAAGUGACAUUAAAGAAUUAAAGUAAAUUAGUUCACUUUUAUCAGUAUAUCACAUUAGGUUGUAUUAAUUGGUAUAAAUUCAUUUAUAUGUGUGGUUUGUAUAUUAUAUUGUAUUUUUAAUAUUAUGUAGUUGGGCCAUUCCACCGAAUGGGUGACAUUUGCUUGUUGAAAGUUAUUUUUUUUUAUCUUUUUUCAACACUGAAUCUAAUACUACACACAUUUAAUUAUUCAAAAUGUGUAUUGGUCAAUAUCAGGCAACUUUAUUUAAUUUUUUACAAGGUUUCACAGCAGAAGAUGGAUGCAUGUUUUCUCAGUCCUGUUACCAAAACUCAUGUGCUGUUGAAAAAUCAUGUUUAACAGCAUGUCAAUUAAUUCCUUUGUAUUCACCUCAGGAAAGUGUUUGUUUUGAAGAAAUGGCUGGUUAUUUGUUCAAAUAAUUGAUAUUUGUGACAAAAAAAAAAAAAAUCGCUUUAUAUUAAGGCAAGGUGCAUUUUGAUAAAAAAGACAAAAUGUUGUUUUUUUUAAUAAAAAGAAGAAGACAGAAGCCUCAAGCCUCAAUAAUUUAGUUUAUUUAACAAUUGUAUAAAUGAUGGACCAAACAAAACUGAUAAAAACAGUGGUUUAACAUUUUUUUUUUUUUUUUAAGUAAAAAUAAAUACAUUUAGUAACAGGAAUGAACACUGGGUAAACACUGUAAAACUAAUCCUAAGAAUCUACAAUUUAAUUUCAACUGUAAAACACAUGAUACAGGUGAAUAGUUUAACUAAUAUUAAUAUUAAUAUUGAAUAGUUCAACUAAUAUUCACACUAUUAAAUCAACAAAACAGAGGACUCUACUUACUCCUGUUAUUUUUCAAGUAACAGGACUAAAAGUAACAGGAUUGAGUGAGUUUUUAAGCAAAAAUGAUCAAAUACAUGACAUAUUGCCAGGUGGCGUAUACUAAUAUCAUGAGGACACUGAGCAAAUACUAGUGACUUACCUAAAGUUAAUAUUUUUGAAAUAAACAAAUAACAUAGAAGAAAUAAUUUAGGUAACAUUGAGAUUGACCUUCUCAGUCACAGUUAUAAUUUCAUCAAAUAUACAGAAAUUAAAAUGAGAGGACUUACUUUUGGUCUUCUCAUGGCCUGCAUAAGAUCCAGAUGAUGCAACUUCCUGUUGAAAAUGUGUCUUGUGUCUCCAAGUGUUUUAGAAGGGGAAAUGUGUGAGGGUAACAGGACUGAGUAAAAACCUGGGGACACGACUAAAAUGUGUACUUUAUAUAACAUAUUAUGGAUUUCUUAUGAAAUUUAUUUUUGUUUAAGAUAGAUUGUAUAUGGAGUCACACAACAAUGCAAAAAUAAUAUGAUUUUAAUGAUUAUAUUUCAUGAUAAAUUUUGUUUAUAUAGCGGGGACAUGUAACAAAUGCAAUUGUUUAGCAUUCUGACUAGUUUUUAAUAAUGUUUUAAAUUAUAUAUUUUAAAUUUGCAAUUAAAGGACAUUUUGCUUAAUAAUAAAAUGUAUUUUAGAGUUAAUUUUCAUGCAUAUCUAUACAUGCAAUGUCCUGGGGACAGAAAUGGCACCCAUUCGGUGGAAUGGCCCAGUUAUAAUAAUAUUAUGUAAUGUAAUUGCAGAUGAUUAUGAGCUGUCUGUAAUCACUGUAACUGUAUUAUGAUGUGAUAAUGUGAACGACAGACGCUGGAGCUCGUGUGAAAUGAUGUAAUGUGGCGUAACGCUCCUCACAGACUGAACAUGUGCAGCUGAGACUCGAUCUGAUUAAACUGCAGCUCAUGGAGAUUCAUGUGCGUUCAGCUGCAUGCUUCACUUUAGAGCACAUACAGCUAAUCAUAUUAUCAACAGAUAUCAUACAUGUGAUUAUGCACACACACACAUGGCGCUGGUAAACAGAAUGAACUCGAGCAUGAUGCAAAACUAUAUUAGAUUAUAAAACGCUCAGUGAAAUGAUUCAGCGCGCACCUGUUCUCCCAGGUGAGUCCGCGCGCGCGCGCGUCACGCGUUAAGCUGCACACAUAGCAAUCACUUAUGUUCUAAACCACAAACAUG